UGUAAACAAACAAAACGUGCAAAUUUGAUUAUUUUAAUCCGAUUUAGACGAAAUAUUAAAUAAAAAUAAAAAAUAUUUCACGAUGUUAGCACCAAUUAAACAUAUCUUAGCAACUAAAAGAAUCAUACUAGCAAGUGGCUCACCACGACGUCAAGAAUUAGUAAAGACAAUCGGUUUAAAUGCUGAGCUCUGUCCAUCAAUGUUCGAAGAAAACCUCAAUCCAGAAGAUUACAAGGAGUUUUCGGAAUUUGUUGAACUGACAGCUCAAGGAAAAGCUGAAGAAGUCUAUGAUCGAUUGAAGGCAGAAACCCCAGAAGCCGAUUUGCUGGUUAUUGCUGCCGAUACGAUGGUUACAAUGGGCAAGGAGAUUUAUGGAAAACCUAAAGACGCGUCCGAUGCAUUUCAAAUGCUAUCGAGACUAGCAGGGAAUUGUAAUACACCUCACACUGGAGUUGUCAUCAAACACGCAGGUGGAGUUGUUAGAUUUACAGAAUCAGCGAAAGUUUAUUUUGGGCAAUUGUCACAGGAACAGAUUCAAGCGUAUGUUGAUAGUGGAGAACCUUUGGACAAAGCUGGAGCAUUUGGAAUCAAUGGGUUGGGUGGUGCAAUGAUUGAAAGAAUUGAUGGUGACUAUUACACAGUUAUGGGUCUGCCACUCUAUCGACUUACCACUGAGCUGUGCAAGUUGUACAAAGAAAAGUAAAAGAUUGGCUGGAGAAUAUAAGAUGGCUAUGAUGUUCUAGCAGAGCUGGAAACUAUUUUUAUUGUUUUAAUUUGUUGAUUUUAUGGAAAUAAAGUGUAGACUCUUUUAA